AUGGCUGAAGGUGGUCGCUAUUCCGGAGCAGUCGACGUCACCGCUGCUGAUCCCGACGCCUCUGCAACCGACUUCCUCCCGCUGGAUGACAGCGACAGCAGCAGCAACUCCCAGCAGUCACCACUGCGGGGCCUGGAUGGAAAUGACUCCCCGUCCGAUGUGUCGAUGGAGGCUCAGUCCGAAGAUGAAGACGACGCGAUCAUCCCAACACCUCAUACACAGACGCUUCUCGCUGAUGCCGCUGUCUCCACAACCUCGCAAUACGUGCACAACAGCCAGCUGGCUGGGGCUGCGUCCAAAAAACGCAAGUCUCCCGAGGAUACCUCACAGCCUGAAACCAGGUCCAACACACUGGACUCGGUAAAGAAGUUGAGAUUGGAGCAGUCUGAGGAAGAUUCACAAGGUGACCAAGGUUCUGGCUCCGUUGAAGAUAGGUCCGCUCUGCCUACUGAGAUAUGGCAUCACAUCUUCACUUUCUUGCACCCGAAGGGCUCGCCAGAUCCGUGGCAGUCCGGCCCAGGCAAAGAUGGCGUUGCCAUCAUUUGGGCGUUUGCAACUCGAUCGUGUGGCACGUGUCUCCUGACAAAGUCAAUCAAGGAGAUCGAUAUCUUGCUGUCGUCGUCCUUUCCCAGCACUCUGGCUGCAGCUCUGCCGUUCGUCUUCGUCACGCAGGAGCUUAAUGUUAUCUCCCCAGCCACCAUGGAACGAAGCCAAACACCACCGAGCACCUCGCUAACCAAGAUCUUCUGGUCUCAACACGUCGAGACUUUGAAGCAGGAGUUUUUCAGCGUGAAGGCUAUGGGUGCUGCUACUGUAGAGGAAUGGUUGAAAGGGCUGGAAGGUCGUGGCCACGAACGCCGAAGCGAUACCCUGAGGUGGGAGAACUGGGCCGCUUCCGGUGGACUGAGCCAGAUGAGGAACGUCUUAUAUCCGGGUUACCGACCAUCAGUACCUAUCACUGUGAGCACUGCUGUCGGCCCAAAGACAACAGCAGGGUCUGCAUCUGUCGUUCAGAUCCCCGGUCUGAACUCUGCAAGCAAUCACAGCAGAACAGCGACUCCGUCUAUAAGCUCCAGUCAACGGAAUGGUAUCACCCCAGAUCCUUUCCGUCGCUCGUCAACUGGGACCGCCUCGUCGUUUCCCUCAGGCCGCCAUGAGAGAACGAAGGAGGAGGUUGCUGAGCUAAAGGCUGCUCGAAAGGCCGAGAUAGAACGACGAGCGCUCGCGCUUGAUCCACCGUUGGAACCGAGCGUCCUGGCGCAUAUACCCUCCUUUCAAGCGGCUCUCCAGAUUAUCACCCCAUUGGAUGAGCAAGCUUGGGAGUUGCUGAAGUCGCGUCUGCUAGCCCAGAGAGCCGAAGCCGAGCAACGAGAAAAGGAAAACUCCGCUCAGGUCUUGCGGCAACAAGAAAUGGAUGACAAGCGGAAUCUUGCCGCUGCCGCCAACAAGGAAGCUCGAGACGCGGUGGAUGCUGAUUGGGAUGAGGUCCAAGCGCCCGUGCGAGCGCGAAUUGCUGGUUUUGCUGAUGAGAUUAUCCGAGAUGGCUGGGAAGACGGGGACAAGGUCGACAGGAACAGCUGUUCAAAGUUCGCGGUGGAAGUGUUGACCUACAUUCGCAAACGCUUCUACGCGGAAGUCACCAAAGACGCCGCAGCAGCCCGGGCAUCCGGAGCUACACCAGUUGUCGAUCCGCCGCAGGGCCCGUUUACUCAGAAGCUGACGCUGGAGAACAUGAAGUGGGUUUUCGACAUCAAGAUCAAGCCACAUACCGAACGACAUCGGAAGGAAAUUUUCCUCUGCAACGGUUGUGAGGUUACCGUGAGGUACUAUGGCUUCGAAGGCGUCAUCCAGCACUACGCUGCUAAGCACACAACCUCUUUGAGCAUCGGCAAUGCCAGCCACCUCCGGCCCACAGUGCCUACCAACAAGGUCUACCAGCAGCCCCUUCUCAACCAUACCAAACUCAUCCAAAACCUCCAGCGCCAGCCUAUGGAGCAGCUCCGCACUAUAGUGAGGCUUAUGGGCAAAGCUCGCACCCCCCUUACCAAGCUCAAGGUUACGGGACACAUCCCUACCCUCCUCCGGAUGUCUACCAGCAUCAGCCUUACCCUCCUGCUCAAGGUAACCCGCCAGGCUAUUCGGGCCCUCCUACUGCGCCUCCAGGCCCUCCAGGACUACCGGGUCCGCAAGGCCCGCCAGAUUGGAUACCAACCAGUACAUCCGUCGGCAUUUUCUCCGCAAUACCGGGCCCAGCUUGAGGACAUGGCGCGUAUGGCCCGCGAGCUCUGGAAUGCAACUUCCAACAUGAAGGACACUCUGUCGAUCGUCAGGGUUCAAGUCGUAAUCCAUCAUCUUGCCAAGCGAUUUCAUGCGAGAUUCGGUCUCCCCCUACCUCUGGCGACUUUUAUCGAUGGCCUAUCUGAUCACAAGGAUAUGAGACCGGUUCGCAACGUCAAUGGCUUGGUGUGCAGGGUCUGUCAUCAGGGUGUUGGUGGCUAUGUCGCAUCUGAGGAAGAACGAAGAUCAUAUUCGCUGCCGCAGCUGACAACGCAUUUCCAAAGCAAGCACGUGGAACCAUUUGUGCAGAUGGGACAAUACGCCCAACCACCAGAGUGGACGGUCGAGAUGGUGUUACUGCCAGAGCCUGCGGCAGUCACCAACCUGCGCUCGGCCGUGAGCAUGGACAGCCAGAAAUUCCACCUGGUGAAUGAGGCGGUUCCGCAUCUCCUAGGACCCGUCAAUAUUCCCGAAGCUCUGCCGAACGUUCCGCCAGCCUAUCCAGGCCAGCCUGAUUAUCAUCAGGGAUAUCAGAAUGCGCCUGCGAGUGAUCACGUCACACACUACGGACAAGCUCAGACAGAAACAGUUGGCGUAGGUUUGUAUCAGAGUACGGCAGCGUCUACCGCACCGUACUCGAACUUGCCAUCUGGCCCUUACGAUCAUACCGGGCCGUCUCUGGCCGGAGCCAAUUCGAUGGGUCCUGCGAAUGGUCACGCCCUCCCAGAACCUGCCACACUUGCGUCUGCAACUGUACCUGCGGCUGCGGCUAUGAGCACAUCGCUAGGCCGUGAGAGUGAGCGGCGAUCGUCUCAAGGCUUCCGCCAACGCGAGCAGAAUGCUCGUCAGAAUAAGAAGAAAAAUAGGAAGGGUGCUCAGGGAAAAGAUGGAGACUUGCUGAAACGGAGCGAGGAGGAGGAAAAGAUGGCUGAAGAAGAAGCAGAACGUGAAGGGGAUGCUAUUCGGGCGAUGUGGGCAGCUGAUAGGGCGCAAACUGCUAGGAAAAGUGCCAUUCCAGAGGGUGACAGGGCUGAGAAGACGACGGCAGAUAACACACCGUCCCGCCGCAACACGCCUAGCAGCGCCACAGCCCACAAUUCUUUCCAGGCCAAAGCAUCCCAGCGCAACGCCCACGGUGGCAAUGUCCAACGGCCGAGACAUGGCUCGAAGCCAGGCACGCCUCAGCAGCGCCAGCGUUUCCAGUCUAGGCCUCGGGACUCACCGAGCACAGAUGCGCCGUCUCCUCGAGCUGAUCCAAGUGUUCCAAAUCCAAGGGACGCGGCUUACCGUGGUCAUCAGCAUCGGCUGUCCAACGUCAUUUAUAUGGACGGUAACCGCGACGAGCCCGAGGACUAUGGACAAUACAAGGAGCCGCCCGUGCGGGACGUUGAACCUCGCAGAUCCCGUUCCCCGGUCUACACAAACUACCGCCCACCUCCAACCCAGCAAUACCGCCAGAGGAGCCCGGCGCGUCCAGAGCACGAUUACCAGUAUCUGCCUGCAGCGCCCCCCGUGGAUGACCCCCGCUACGAGAGACCUCCGCCUCGCGACGAUUACAAUUAUCGCGGCUAUCCAGACGAGCCAGUCCCACGGCAGCGUCCCCAAGAGGUCAUUGAGAUUGAAAUCAUCGAGUAUCAAGGGCCGGAUGGAUCGACAUGGAUCGAGGAACGCCCUCUCCGUCGUAUUCCUAAUCCCGAGCCUGAAAGGUACUACAGGGACGCACUGCCGCCUGCGGCAUCCUAUGACCGUGGGGAUCCUUACGCUACCGGGCCUCCGCGUCGUGAACAGCCUCCUCCGCCUGCACAAAUGGGUGGGGGAUCGUACCGCGCCCCGUACGGAAGAGCAUAUUCUCGCCUGCCUGAGGGACCUCCGCCCCAGCCGACCGUCACUGAAAGCUAUGACCCGCGUCAUCCUUCCGACGCGGCCCCGAGGCACUUCCAGCCCCGGCCUCAACUUCCGCCCCAGGGUCCGCCACCGCGGAGCGAUCAGGCUUAUUACGAGGAGGAGUAUGACCCCCGCUAUCCAGCUGGGGUGCCGUCGCCGGCGAGCGCUCCCAUCCCCGCAGGGUCGAGGGCGGCGAGGUAUCAAUAG